CUGUGCUCGCUCGCAGCCUCGCAUCCGCCAUCGAUCAUGAAAAUUCGAAAACAAAAGUUCCUUCCUCUCCUGGUACCUUAACACACACACACACACACACACACACACAUAUAAGGAAAGGGAAGAUUGAGAUAGCGGCCGAUUAAGUUGAGGAGAGAAAUAAUGAAAUUAGGAAGCUCGCUUCCGGUGCCUUCAGUUCAGGAGUUGGCAAAGGAGUCCUUAAGCAGAGUUCCUCCAAGAUAUGUGCGUUCUCAUCAUGAUGCACAGCAAGAAGAUGCAGAUCCAUUCUCAUCCACCGUCAACUUCUCAGUUCAAGUUCCCAUAAUCGACUUCUCUGAUUUAUCUCCUGAUUUGAAGGCCUCUGAGCUCCACAAAUUCCACUCCGCAUGCCAACACUGGGGUUUCUUCCAGGUCAUAAAUCAUGGAGUGGAAGAGUCUCUGGUGGAGAGAGUGAAGAACGGAAUCCGAGAAUUCUUGAAUCUACCAAUGGAACAGAAGAAGAAAUUUUGGCAGACUGCAGAAGAUGUGGAAGGGUUUGGUCAGGGCUUUGUGGUCAGUGAGGAGCAGAAGCUGGACUGGGCUGACAUGUUCUACAUGCUCACUCAUCCUCCUUCUCUCAGAAAGCCCCACCUCUUUCCCAAUCUUCCUCUUCCUUCAAUGACAAAUAACUGCAGGGAUGACUUAGAGGCAUACAGUGCAGAAAUGAGAAAGCUAGCAUUAAAUAUACUAGGGGCAAUGGUGGAAGCACUUGGACUGGAGGAAAAAGAAAUGAGAGAAUUAUUCGAAGAAGGGUGGCAAUCGAUGAGGAUGAACUAUUAUCCGCCAUGCCCCGAACCAGAGCUUGUAAACGGGCUCAGUCCUCAUUCUGAUGGGAGUGGUCUCACCAUUCUCCUCCAAGUCAAUGAAGCAGACCAAGGUCUUCAGAUCAGAAAGGAUGGCUCAUGGAUCCCUGUUACUUUUCUCCCUAAUGCUUUCAUUGUCAACAUUGGAGAUAUGUUGGAGGUUGUGACGAAUGGGAUUUACAAGAGCAUAGAACAUAGAGCAACAGUGAGCUCAAAGAAAGAGAGGAUCUCUAUGGCCACAUUUUACAGUCCCAAGUUGGAUGGAGAUUUAAGUCCAGCACCCAGCCUUGUCACUCCAGAAAGACUGCCUCUAUGUAGAAGAAUUGGUGUGACUGAAUUUUUCAAAGGUUUUGUCUCGCGUGAGCUCGUUGGAAAGUCUUAUCUUGAUACCAUAAGGAUCCAAAACAAUUAAUCCAGACUAGGCUGAGAUGCGUGCUAGCGGUUAGAUUUAUAUACGCUAUAUAUGUAUUGCCUAAAAAACACCAUGAGGAUGUGCCUGUGGUUAAUUAGAAUAAGCAAACAAUACUCGUGUGUAGUGUGUGCGUGUGUGUGAACUUGUAUGUAUCAAGAAUAAGCAAAUACUAUUCAACCCAAUCAACCUAGCGAGGCAUAUGGUUUGUCGAUUUCAUCAAAA